AUGUAUCAUCCUAGUAAACCGAUUAAUGUAGGAGGAGGAGGUGGAGGAGACAAUGAUCAACAACAGCAACAACAACAACAGCAUCAUCAAUCAGCUCCACCAAUAUCAACUUCAAUAUUUGGUUUGUUGGCUAGAUCACUCUCCUCUCCUCCAUCAAAUAAUAAUAAUAAUAAUAAUAAUAAUAAUAACAAUAGUAAUAACAAUAGUAAUAACAAUUAUAAUAAUAAUAAUGAAAUAUCAUCACCUCCAUUAUCAUCAACUUCAUCUUCCUCAAAUUCAUCAUCGACAGUACUUUUAAAGAUAAGGGCACCGACUUCGCCUUCAUCAGUAUCACCAAGUAUAUCAACCACGACCACGACAACAUCAUACUCGACUGCCGCUUCUUCUCUUACCCCAUCCUCAUCAUCAUCAUCGUCAUCGUCUUACAUCCCUUUUCUGCCAUCCAACACGUCUAUAUCAACUACAUCGACCAGUAACAACAAUAGUGGUGGUGGUAGUGGUAGUAGUGGUGGUGGAAGCACCAUUAUCAUGAACGACAAGACCAAAAAAAAGAAGAAGGACAAAAAGACUGGAGGGUUGAUUCCACACAGCCCAAGUAUUACCAAUCUUAAAGAUAUCAUUACUGGAGGAGGGAAUAAUAAUAAUAAUAAUAAUAAUAGUAAUAAUACGAGUAAUAAUAGUAAUAAUAACUUUAAUAAUAAUAAUACGAAUAAUACUACAAACAAUAACAAUAGUAAAGAGAAAAAGAGACUUGAAACAUUAUCAAUGUUGGAAAGAAAUAAGGUUGGACAAGAUGAUCUAUCUGAAAUGAAAGAAACCGAUGAAGAUAGUUUGGUUAAUAAUUUACAAAUUAGAUUUAAAAAGAAUAUUAUUUAUACCAAUAUUGGACCUAUUUUAGUAUCAAUUAAUCCUUAUCAAAAACUUGGUAUUUAUACAACUGAAAUACUCAAUAUCUAUAAACAGAGAAAUGGUAUUAGAUUACCACCCCAUCUAUUCUCUGUUGCUGAAAACUCUUAUCUAGAUAUGAUUGAUUUUCAUAGAAAUCAAGUUAUUUGUAUUUGUGGUGAAAGUGGUAGUGGUAAAUCAGAGAAUAACAAAUUGAUUAUUCAAUGUUUAUUGGGAACUACUCCAAGUCAUAAACGUACAAAUAUUGAAAAUCUAAUUUUAGAAUCUGGUCCAAUCUUGGAAUCUUUUGGACAUUGUAUAACUGCUUCAAAUUUUAAUUCUUCAAGAUUUGGAAAAUAUAUUGAAAUUUAUUAUAGUUCAUAUGGUGAUAUAAAAGGAGCAAGAAUUUAUAAUUAUUUUUUAGAUGAAUCAAGAGUAACCUAUCAUAACAAAUGGGAAAGAAACUUUCAUAUAUUUUAUCAAUUUUUAAUGGGAACUACGGAAGAGGAAAAGCAGCUCUAUGGCCUAAGUGAUAUCAACACCUAUCACUAUCUCUGCCAAGGUGGACUAUUUGCAGUGGAUGAAAUCGACGAUCAAAAGAAUUUUGAAAGACUCAGAAUGGCAUUUAGUUUCUUUGAUUUUACAUCUUAUCACACCGACCUCAUCUUUAGAACAUUGGCAUUUAUCAUUAAUCUUGGAAACCUUAAUUUUACUCAAACCAAAACAAAAGCUGAUAUUAAAGAUAGACAAUAUUUAGAAACUAUUGCAAAUUCAAUUUCAUAUGAUCAAUCAAAAUUGGAAUUAAUCUUUAUACCUGAUAAGAAUACAACUAUGCAGGAAGCUAUUGAAAAUCGUGAUUCUCUUGCCAAAUCAUUGUAUACUAAUCUAUUUCAAUGGAUUGUCGAUAUACUCAACCUCAAGUUGUCACCUGAAAGUCACGACCAUAUCAUUGGCCUCUUGGAUCUAUUUGGACAAGAGAAUACCCAACUCAACGGCUACGAACAAUUCUCUAUCAACUUUUUGGAAGAACAACUCCAACAAAUCUAUAUUCAAAAUAUUUUGAAAAACGAACAAGAUGAAUAUAGAAAGGAAAGAAUUAAUUGGAAUACUAUAAAUUAUAAAGAUAAUGCUGAAUCUUUAGGUUUAUUAGAAAAGAUUGUAAAUUUAUUAGAUCAAGAAUCAAAAAAUGAAAAAUCAAAUGAUGGUGUAUUCCUUGAGAAAUUAAAUUUAUUCCUUGGUAAACAUCAUUUGUAUUAUAUGAAACAAAAGAAAUUUGGUGUUGAACACUUUUUUGGAACCAUGUUUUAUGAUACAAAAGGAUUUAUUCAAAAGAAUCGUGAUGAAAUCUAUCAGAAAUCAUCAAAUCUCUACAAAGGUUCAAUCAUCAAAUCAUUUUCUGAUAAUACCAAUACUGCUAUCAAAACUUCAAGAAGAUCACCAUUAUCAAUUAUUAAAUCAUUACCACCAAAUGCAAACUUUCAUUUUAUUAAAUGUUUAAGACCAAAUUCCAAAAAGAUGCCAAAUCAAUUUGAUUCAAAGAUUAUUCCCAUUCUUUAA